ACUUCUUCCGGACAUUUUGCAGAAACCCUGGAGCACAGAGGGAGGAUGCACGGGUUUAUUAAACAUGUGAAGUAAUGUUAACUAAUUUGGAUGAUUUUCCUAGCAAAGCCCAUUUGAAUAGGUUUGAUAUUUUUUUCUUCACCCAAGUUUCCGUUUUGGAGAAGAGAGAGGUGCCCUGAAUUAUAAUGGCACAGGCUUGCAUGGAGCGGCUCUCCAUGCAGCAGCGCACGGCGCUCUGGGCUCUUCUGCUCUGCACACAGGCCGCUUUGGGCUUCUCGCUCACAGGACAACAGACAACCUGCGAGGCCAACGGCAGCAUUUACUACGUGGGAGAGUGGUAUUUCCUGGACUCCGAUCACUGCACCCAGUGCGAGUGCACCAGUGAGGGCUCCGUGUGCGCCCGCACCGAAUGCACGUCCCUCCCGGCCGCCUGCAUCCAUGUGAGCCACUACCCCACCGACUGCUGUCCCAGGUGCGAGAAGAUCGGCUGUGAGUACCGAGGGGUGGUGUACGAGCUCGGAGAAAAUUUCCAGCCAUCUGAAUGUGAGCAGUGCACCUGUGACAGUGAUGGCAUCGCCCGCUGUCUCGUGGCAGACUGUGCCCCUCCACCCUGUGUCAAUCCUGUGUACCAGCCUGGGAAAUGCUGCCCGGAAUGCAAGGAGGGUCCCAACUGUUAUACUGAUGCAUCCCGCAGCCAAGUGAUACCUGCAGGAGAGCCUGUGUGGGUGGAUUCCUGCACCAAGUGUCGCUGUCAUGACGGCCAGGACGCCGGCUACUGGGAGGGAAAUCGCCUUGCCACUUGUUCCCGCAUCAAAAACUGCACACCUCAGCAGCCGCCCACCCCUAUUCAGUGAUUCUUCACACAACCACCAUAUAUUUUAAAAUAUGUGAUCUUCACAGUUUAUCCUUAGGUAUUUUAUUACUGAAGAUAUUACACAUCCACCCAAGGAAGGAGAAUCUGCAAAUGAGAUAGGGGUAACUCACCAACACUUGAAUGUAACAAAAAAAGUCAAUAAAAUUUGGAACCAUGUAAGAAACGAUGCGACUUCAUCCCACAACUCUGUUCACUAACGUAGCAACUUUAUCUCAAAACAUGGGGAUUAAAAAUUGGACAGAAAUUGUACUUUGUACUCUUACUUUUUAAAUCUAGCUCAAUUUAUUUUAUGUUUUUGCAUUUUAAAAUGUUGCUUAGAUGUUGAGAAUGCUUUUAAGGAGAAACAGGAAAAAGAAUGAGAGCUUUAGGAUCUCUUAGUCUCGAAAUACCCAGAAAAUUAUACAUAGAUUUAAGCGUUAGCAUAAACAACUGAUAAAUAAGAUAACUAGUGACAGACUUGUCACAAGCUGAGGCAGUUUUACACUUCAUGUACAGCUGUGAUGAACAGUAAAUAGGAAAUAAUUAAUGAGAGUAUAAUAUUAGAUAAGAUUUGUUGGCAUGUUAUUUAAAUGCUGUUUUUAAAUGUAUGCUGCUUGGACACGCACAUGGUGUAGGAGGUAGUAUUGACUCUUCAGUGCUAAGAUACAGCAAAUAUACAGUUUUCAGUGACAUGUCAGAAUCAAAGUCUAGUUUAUUUUAACAUAAAGAUGUUGUUUUAAAUUUUGCAAGACUUACUCCAGAAGCUUGUUACCUUAAUUAUAAUGUAUAUUUGAAAGAAAACUAAACAUGCUCUGAGCUUUUUAGCUAAGUUGACCUAAUAAAAAAAAAAAGUAAAAUCUGAAACCUACUCCAUUAUUGUGAAGAAAUAGUGAAUAACACUCAACUAAGUAAAUGUUUUUUAAUUGUACUGUCAAGAGUGUAAUUGGAACAAACAAUGAUUAAAAUUUGUAUGAACCCUGCUUCUAGUACUGGGAUCAGUAGUUGGGAGUAGUCGCAUCAGUAGUUUUCUGAUGCAACUUUUUUCUCACAUUACACCUCAGUACAUUGGUUUUACACUGUAAGUCAAAAUAAACUAUUUCCAUUUAAUUUUAUUGCUUUUUUUUGUGAAAACCUUUCAUUAAGAAGCCUACUCUUGUAAGACACAUGUGUUACUGCCCUAAAUGCUUUUCAUGUUUUGUGUUGUUAUGACCACAAACAGUGUAUUUUUCUGGGAUUUCUUUAAAGAUGAAUAAAUAAAAGUUGUGCAAUGGAAAGUACACAAAAAAUACAAAUACAUCAUGGAUUUAUAUUCAGCCGUACUGAGUCAAAACUUUGUUGAACCAACUUGACACAUCUAGAGAAUUAAAUUAAUAACUGAAAUCUAGUCUGAUCAGUUACAGAAUGACUAUACAGCAACAAUUAGAAAGCAAACUAUUAUUGUUAUUAUACAAAAAAAAUUCCUCCUGUUCACUUUGGCCCAGAUGUAAAAACUAGCAUUACUUUAAAGGAUCAGGAGACACACUAACAUACAAUCUUUACCAUCAGAUUUAUUAAUUGUAUAGAAAAAGUAGGUUUGAUAUGACAUAAUGCAUUCUAUAUAAGAUAUAACAUUUUCAACAUUCAACGUACAAAAAAGCCAUAGGUACAGUAAAGUUUUAGAAACGCCUCCAGGCCUGAAGAUCUUGUUGGCUGUCAGCAGUCGAAGAACAAAGAGUGCAUCUGAAGAUGGAUUCAAACACUAACCACCAGAAGUGUGAUACAACUGUUUGAUUCUCAAGCAGAGGCCACAAAUAAUUUUUUUUUGCUAAAUACGUUGGUUACUGAUCUUGGUGAAGCAUGGUACAGUUUAUACACACUAGGGCCUUCUUACCAGCUACAGUUGAAAUCAGAAGUUCACAUACACAAAAUAAAAAGACAGUUUUUUUUCUCACUAUCUGAAGUUAAUUCAGACCAAACUCCUCUUGUUUUAGUUAAAUUAGAAUGACUAAUUACAACUCAUUUGUGCACUAGCUUUAACUUCCUGGCUGUUGUCUUGAAAUGUUUGUGAAUAUUUUCACAUAAUGUUUAUUUCCCAUGAUGGCAUUGAUUUUAUGAAGUGCAGCAGUUCCUCCUGCACCAAAACAACCCCACAGCAUCAUGCUGCCACCCCCAUACUUCACAGGUGGGAUGGUGGCAUGUAAAGCAGAGAAGGUUUACAGGCCUCCCCCUCUUUCCUCCAGAUUUAACGAUUAUCAUUAUGGUCAAACAGUUUAGUUCUAUGACAUUUCCCAUAAAAUGAAGGUCCCUGUCGGCAUUUGUAAAUUCAAUCUGUUAUUUUUUAUGUUUCUCUUGGAAUAAAGCUUGUAAUUUUACUGCUCUUCCUAA